AUGUCGUACGGAGACCGCCGCAUCAAGUUCGCCCUCUUUGGCCUUGGCCGCCUGGGUGUCCUCAGAGCCCGCAUUCUAGCCUUCCAACAGCCUAGGAUUCAACUCGUUGCUGUCUGUGAUACAAAGCCGGGCACAGAUAAAUGGGCCGCGGAGAAUCUACCCCCGACUGUGAAAUACUUUUCAGACCCUCAAGCAUGCUUGAGAGAGAGUGGCGCCGAGGCUGUGCUUAUCUGCACCGCAACAGCUACUCAUGCCCCUUUGAUUUUGCAAGCCCUUGAUCUGAACUUGCAUGUCAUGUGUGAGAAGCCGGUCUCUGUGGAUAUUGCUGCUACGAAGGAAGUGGUUGAGAAGUCUGCUUCUAGACCUGAUCUCAAGUUUCUUGUUCCUUUCACUCGCCGAUAUGAUAAGUCCUACCGCCAGGCUAAGGCCCUGAUUGACAAUGGAGACCUGGGUGUGAUCCACGCUGUGGAGACUACUGGAAUUGAUCAAGCAGACCCCAAUGCCUUUUUUGUUUCUUUCUCUGAGCAGUCAGGUGGUAUCUUCCUUGAUUUCGGCAUCCAUACCGUCGAUGCUGGAAGAUACCUUCUAGAUGUCAAAUCAGGUCUCUCCAACCCCAAAAAGCAAGUCAACAGAGUCAUUGCCUUCGGCCAAAUAGCCGUCUACCAAGACUUAAACAAAUACGGCGACGCAGACAACGCAUGGGGUCUGGUUGAAUUUGCCAACGGCAAGAUUUUCAAGACUUACCUCGGUCGCACGCUUACCAGCGGUUUUGAAGAUACAACUCGACUGUGUGGUACAAAGGGUCAUUCUGUUAUCAGUGCAAACUCCAAUGUUGAGAUUCGGGAUCAUCUUGGCAUUCGCACGCAAUCUGUACCUGAUGCUUUUACCUUCUUUGAUACGACCUUCUUGACUGACUUGGCUGAAUUUGCUGACGCUGUGCUGGAUGAUAAGCCUCUCACAUGUCAGCCUGAGGACGCUUUUGAGGCGGGAAAGAUCUGUGCGGCUCUGCAGUAUUCAUUCCGUAAGGGGGUUCCUGUAUAUUUCGAUGAUAAUGGUCUGCCCAUUAUGGAGUAG